UCGUGGCUGUAUUUCGAUUCUAAUUUGCCAUUGCCGCCAUUUUUAUUGUUUUAGCGUUACUAUUUCAAUAAUAGUAUUUUUUUGUAUUUAAUUAAAAGUUGUGUUUUGUGUUUACCUUCACUCAAAUAUCAAGGUACGCACUUCGAGCAGUUCAGACACGGAUUACAUAGAGGAGGUAUAUAUUCAAGAUGAAACGCGAAGCGCAUGGAGAUGAUGGCCCCAUACAAAAGCGUCACCGGCAUACUGAAGAGGAGCUCACCUUCCUUAUACCGAGUAAGGUGGCGGGCUCAAUAAUUGGGAAAGGGGGAUCGAAUAUUUCAAAGCUGAGAAGUCAGUUUAAAGCCUCUAUAACAGUCCCCGAUUGCCUCGGCCCCGAACGUGUACUCACAAUUACUGCUGGGGAUUUGGAUACGAUAAUGGAUAUCGUGAGAGAGAUCUUGCCAAACUUAGCUGAUGCGACCAAGGGUGGCAGCGAUGAUUUGGAUGUCCGUCUACUGAUACACCAGAGCAGGGCUGGCUGCGUCAUUGGCAAGGCUGGCUCCAAGAUCAAGGAACUGAGAGAGAAAACCGGCGCCCGCCUGAAGAUAUUCUCGAACCCGGCGCCGCAGAGCACGGAGCGCGUGGUGCAGCUCGUCGGCCGGAAGGAGGCCAUCGCGGCCGGCAUCCGGGAGGUGCUCGAGCUUAUACAGCAGGUGCCCAUCAGAGGUCCCGUGCAGAACUACGAUCCACACAACUAUGACGAUUUCUACGCUGAAGAAUACGGCGGAUUUGGCAACGGGCAAGAGGGCAGAGGCCCCAGAGGGCCCCCAGGACGGGGUCCUAGGCCUCCGGUUGGACCUGGAAAUAGGGGGCCACCGCCUCGCGGAGGACCUCCAAUGUCUAGAAACGGCCCGCCACCGAGACCCUUCAAUGACUUCAACUCUUCCGGCCCCAGGGGCAACUUUGGACCUCCCCGGGGAGGAUUUAGCAGUAGCAGCAGCAGUGGUGGUGGCGGCUUUGGAGGAAACCGCAGUGGUGGUGGCGGUGGUAGCAGCUUUAAUAGCAGUAACAGUAGUCAGCAAGAGACGACCACGCAAGUCACUAUUCCAAAAGAUCUAGCGGGCGCGAUAAUCGGCAAAGCGGGAUCCCGGAUCCGCAAGAUCCGCGCCGAGAGCGGCGCGUCCAUCGAGAUCGCGGAGCCGCUGGCCGGCGCGAGCGACCGCGUCAUCACCAUCACGGGCACGCCGCACCGCAUACAGAUGGCGCAGUAUCUGCUGCAGCAGAGUGUACACGAAAGCAACCCAUCUCUCGGCCGGGGUGGAAACUUUUGAUUGGUAUUAACACGAUACUGUUGCCUACAAUAAGAGAUUUGGUAACACGGAGGCUCAUUUUGUACCUAUUCUGAUUACAUUAUACAUAGAUCAUAUUUGUAUGAAAUCUAAUCAAUUGCUACGGGUUGUAAUAUUCUUGUGAAAUUUUUAUGAGAUGUGCAUUUAUCAUUAUUAAUACAAAGUUUAUUAAGAUUAAUCAAUAGCAAUGGUUUGAUUCAGCGAUGGUUUGUUACAUCGAUCUAUUUUUAAGUGAUAGAGUAUAGCAAUGAAAUAAAUAGUAUAUUUUGUGAA